CCAAAGCGGAAGUACUUCAGUGGUCAGCCGAGGCCGAGAUCAACGCCAGCUAAGCAGCAAGAUGGCUCACAGGCUGCUAGUGCGCAGAAUUUGGACACUCUCUGCGAAAGACAUCCGCUGCCUCCCAGCAUCCGCCGCCGCCUCUUCUUUUUCCACCUCUUGUCUGCAGUCCGCCGCCAGCCGGGCGUCCUUCCUCUCGCCCUCCCGCUCUCUGCCCCGCUCCCUCCCUCACACCUGCCGCCGGGAAGUCUCCUUCAACGUCCAGGACCACGAGGACUUCACAGUCAGGGUGAUCAACAGUGAUCUGCCCGUGCUAGUCGACUUCCAUGCACAGUGGUGCGGUCCCUGUAAGAUCCUCGGGCCGAGGUUGGAGAAGGCCAUUGCGAAACAGAAAGGCCGCGUUGCCAUGGCAAAGGUGGACAUAGACGAUCACACAGACCUGGCCAUCGAGUACGGGGUGUCUGCCGUCCCUACGGUGAUCGCCAUACGGGGCGGUGACGUAGUCGACCACUUCGUGGGGAUCAAAGACGACGACGAGCUGGACUCAUUUGUUGGCAAAGUCAUCGGACAGUAACCCAGCUCGUCCCCGACCCGGCCAUUCACCGCCGUCACGGUGCCGUUGUGUGUGUGUGUGUGUGUGUGUGUGUGUGUGAGUGAUUACAGCCGCCAUCUUCAGCCGGUUUAAAAACAAAAAAACCUUAUGGUGAUCCCAGGUGGCAAACACUCAAAAUGCUCACACCCAUCCCUAGAGGAACUGCUCCGGCUUUGCAUCGUUGCUUCUGUCUCCUUUUAUUUUUGUUUGUCUCGGGAUGGGUGUGCGCUUCCAUUUGUUUAGUUUUUUUGUAGCGGUUUCCAUUUCUCUUCAGUAAUGUGACGGCUCUACUCCUCACGCUCUUUAUGCGUACAUGUAAAAGUCUGCAGAAUGGAAACUACUGUGCCGCACUGCACAUAUACUGUAAAAACAUGAGGGAUGAACUUUUAUUUUUUUUUUGUUUUAGCGGGUGGAUAGGAUUCAACUUAAAAGCUGACUAUACUGAAUAAGGCUAGUGAAGGCGUUAACCUGUAGUUCCUGCUUUUGUCCACAGGGUGGUGGCGUUUCUCUUCACAUCGCAAAAAGCCACACAUGGGUCGUUUUACACAAUUCUGCCUAAUGAUGUGAGAGAGGAAGGUGUAUGUAUGUGUGUGUGUGGGAAUUGCAAAUACGAGUUUGAUUUAGUUUAUUACUCAAAUUAACUCUAUGUACCGGAAACAUGACCAAGUGAAGUAAUAAAGGAGUCAGAUGUUUA